AUGGAGGAAGAACGUGCUACUCUGGAGAAGAAAUACCACUUUUGGGAGAGUGAGGUGGAGGUGGUAAGGAAGAAGACCACGGCACCAAAUGGUAGGCGAUUCCGAUAUUUUGAUGACAAGGGAAUCUUUAAUUUCGUGUUUAUGCUAUGGAUGUAUGGAUGGGUUAAAGAAACGGCAGAAAGGUAUCUAGAUCCUUACAUGCUCCACCCUCUCCCGCUGGCUGAUCAGAUUCUCAAAUGGCAGCCUAUUCUUUCCAAGCACAUUAGCGAUGGCAUCGCAAGCCUGGAGGCAUAUGAAGUUCUCAGUGAAGAUGAGAAGAAGAGAGCCAAGAAGCCUGUGAAAUAUAUAUUAUUGAGAGCUCUUUUGUUGACCUACUGGAAGAGGCUGCUUGCUAUACUGGUUGGUGUGGUAGUGGUUAAUGCAGUUGGAAUGAGUAUUGCAGUUUUCCUGCACAAGUUGCUUAGGUUUUUAUCAGAGGAAGUUUUUAAAUUCGUGACGUUUUUAUCCUUGACUAUUUUGAUCAUUAUAUUAGAACAGAUAAAGAUGAUUGGUAUGAGUCAUCUUGACUACUGUGUGGAGAGGGUUUCUUUUCUUAUGGAUGCUUGUCUGCGUGUUACUAUAUUUCAACAUGGUUUAUGCUACAGAAGGAGUCUAUUUGGAAACUUUCAGGCAAAGGGAGGACAGUGCAACAGUAUCAUCCAUGGAUGUUCCGGAGAAAACUUGUGCACAUAUAAUCCACUCUUGUGCCCAGCAAGGCGUUAUAAAAACAAUGAGGUCACACCAAAGAUAUACAGUCUGAUUCUAAAUGAUGCACGCUAUAUUCCAUAUGCAGUUGAGUGUGCUUCUGGUUUAGUGGAUUUUUUGACAUCACUAACUUAUGGCAUAAUUCUCAUGAGUCGCCAAUUCAACAUGAGAGCAAUGACUAUUCUCAUGGUGUCUUUAUCUUUGGCUGUUUGUAUGUUAUUUGUGGAGAUUAUAAAUGGUAUCCUUUUCAAAUAUUACUUUGGAAUUAGGGAUAAUAGGAUUUCUAAAUCUGAGGAAGUUAUAUCUGGCUUACACUUGAUUGAGAGGAUGGCACUUGAUGACAUUGGUCACGAUAUUAUUACGGAGGCCAGAAAUGAUGAACUACUUCUCGUCAUCAUCCGUUUCUUUAUAUCGCUCAUAAAUAAGGUUAUAUUUACAGCGAUCACUUGUUUGGAUAUCAUCAUUUUGGUUAAUGACUUUGUCACCCAAGUUAGGGAUGCCACUGAUAUCAAGAUCAUCAAUCCUUCGGGGCUAUUGGCAUCAAUCUUUGUUAUUAUGAAGAUCAUUGGUCCCUUGUAUUUGCUUCCAUUUAGGCUAAAGUUCUUUGUACUUAGUCUUAAUUCGUUCUUAAGAGUAGAACGUUUCUUCAGAACUUGUUCUCCAAACUUUUAUCUUCCUGAUAACAGGUUUACUGGGGAUAUUCCUCUGCCAGAGGCGCUACCUGAUGAGGAUAAGACACUGCCAAAGGGCCUAGUUGUGAUGUUAAAGAAGGCCUCCUUUGCCUGGGUCAAUAGCAGGAAGGAUCUCCUAGACAAUACUGGUACUACUUGUCUUAGGAACCUUGACUUUGUCCUCAAUACUGGUGACCUUGCCAUUGUAACUGGUGCUCAAGGUUCUGGUAAGAGUAACUUUGUCAAGGCUAUCCUUGGUGACAUGACUCUUGUUGAAGGAUCAAUGGCUGUAUUGCCUCUCUCUACCAACAUGCCAAUAUUCUAUGCUUCUCAGGAUGUCUGGCUACAAAAGGGUACCAUUAAGUCUAACAUUACCUUUGGUCACAGAUUUGAUGAGGAUGUCUACAACACUGUCAUUAAGGCAGUUGAACUUGAACAUGACAUAUCGACUUGGGAAGGAGGUGACCUGCGUACUAUUUCUGAACAUGGUUACUCUCUCAGUGGAGGUCAGAGAGUGAGAAUUGGAGUUGCUCGUGCUAUAUACACCUACCUAAUAUUCAGCGAGACUAAUGGGGAAGAGAAUAAUUCAAAACAUUCCUUCCUUGUAGUACUGGAUGACUCAUUUACUGGUCUAGAUCCAUUUGUAGCCAAGACAAUCUUCAAGAAUCUUUUUAAUCUCAAUGAUGGACUAUUGGCCAAGGACGAUGUUGCUACUAUUAUAACAAUUUCCAAGCGUAUAUUAGAUGCUUGUGUAUCAGCUGAGUCAUCGGAGUCAUUCCCGGAUGCUCCAAUAUAUGCCAUGGAGAACACGACUCUUGUACAGAGCAACAAACUCAAGUCUUUGAUAGAGCACGAAGUUGGUCAUAUUGAACCUCCAAAACCUUCUGAAGAUAAUAUGGGACUUCACACCAUGCCUGACAGGUUACGUAGGAUGUGCAGCUCUGAUGACUAUACUCGUGAUGGACGAAGGAGAUCAACAGAAUCUAGAUACUCUAAUUCGCCAACAGUUCAGAUGUUAUAUGACAGGAUCAAUUUUAAACGUGGUGAGAAUAAGAACUUCAAACCAUACAAAGUUUUUUUCCAUGCAGCUGGUUGGCCUCUAUUCUUCUUUGUCGUAUUCACUCUUUUGUUUUCAACAUUGGAUAAUACGAAGUUUAUUAUUGUUUCAAAAGUCUCAGAUUCUGUUAUUGAUUGUGCAAGUGAACAUGAAGGGAAAUUAAUCUCUAUAUCUGACAUAAAAGAUUAUAGUUUUAGGGCAUCAAGAUGGAUCAUUGUUCUUUCAACAUUAGUGAUGGCUGGUGCAUUACUUCGUCUUAUAGCCAUAACUGGUGCAUCGUUUAAUGUUGCAAGGAGGGUCCAUGAGUACUCUAUAACUUCUCUCUUUGCCAAUAACUCUACAGCGUUGGCAAUAAAGAAGUCUUUGGGAAGUAUAAUCACAUUCUUACACAUAGAUAUGUUUUUCAUUGACAAUUUUCUAAGCUAUUUCAUUCACGAGAUUUGUCUAUUGUCAAUCGAGGUUACGGUUCACAUGUUGACUCUGUUCUUUAUGAUGCCGUGGUCUACUCCAUUGGCUCUUCUACUUUGCUUUGUCAUUGUUAGGUUUAUUAUAUACUACUGUGUGAAGUCGUGCAGGAACAUUUGCCGUGCACGUUUGGAAUCAUAUGAUCUUAUUGGUUCAACUAUUGAAUCCUCUAUAGUGGGAUCACCCAUAUAUCGCAGUUUUAAAAAGGAAUGGGAAUUGAUGCAUAGCCUUGUUGAGCAUGUUGAUUAUAACCUGAGGUGUGACUAUCUUUCAAAGUCUGAAAUAUUUUGGAGUUCAAUUACCUCUAGAGGUAUACUCGCAUUACUUUCUCUGUUCCUUCUCGUAUUUCCUUUGGUUAAGUCUAGGGUUUAUGGUAUUGAGGUGCAAGUUGGAUAUUAUGCCAUGACAUAUUCUGUCUUUGUAAGUAUAAACACUACCCUUGCAGUCUUAAUUAAGCUGUAUUGUUAUCUUGAACUUUACAUGGGUUCGUUUAGAAGGUUUGAGAAUUUUGUCCUUCCUGGUACUGAGGUUAAGUUUGAAAAGAAGAGGAACAUUCAUCAGACGGAUUUUAUUGUAGAUCGUUCUGCGUCAAGUGGAGAUGAUAAGAUAGCAGAUGAAGAUAUCAAGGAUACCCUUCGUAGAAGACGUCAUAACGAGUAUGCUGAGAGAAGAGCCGUUCACUGCACUAGCCUCAAGAUGUUAUUAUUUAAACACAAGGUUAAUGUGCUUGACGUGUCCAAGUACGCCAUUCCAGGCAUGACUAGGAUAAAGUUGGAUAAUGUAAACAUCCAUAUCGUUAAUAAAAAAGCGGGAGUGAAGUAUGCUAUUCUCAAGAAUGUUACAUGCUCAGCUGAUACCUCGGACAUUAUUGGAGUCAUUGGUAGAACUGGCGCAGGGAAGUCUACCUUAUUGUCAGUUCUCCAGAACCUUGCAGAGAAUAGAGAAGGUUCUGUCCUUCUAGAUGGUUGUGAUCUGAAUGAUAUGCCAAAGAAUGUGACUAGGCAGAUUAUAGGUGUCCUACCUCAACUGCCCUUCGUAUUCAGAGGUUGGACUGUACGCAGAUUCAUUGAUCCAAGAAUGUUAUUUGAUGACAUUGACGUUGAAGCAGCCUUGGAAAUUUGUGGUUUACUCAAGUUUGUCGAAAACAUUCCAGGUGGCAAAGGCCUUAACACAAUCAUUAUACCUGACCAUUACCAUAAGGAUAUGCCAAGGUAUUACAAAAGAGCCUAUUAUGGCCCUACUCUGAAACCACACGAGACCUCUUCUGUGGAUAAUGUGAACAUUGACCAUGGCAUGGUCCUUUCAAACUCACAACUCCGUACACUAUCAGUAGCAAGACUAGUGCUCUACAGGGAAUUCUUCAAGGUUCUCUUGGUUGAUGAGCCACCAGAGGAAGAAUCAGGAACAUCCAAAACCGCUGAGACUCCCAUUUAUGAAAUUAUAAGGGCACACUUUAGACACUGCGCAACAUUUAUUGCGGCACAUGAUGUUGACGUUUUGCGUCUCUGCACUUCAGUUUGGGUCUUCCAUAGCGGGUCUCUCAUCAAGACCUGCAAGACAGAGGAUGUUAUAGACAGUGGGUCGCUGUCAAAGAUUAUAGAGAAUUGUAUUUUAGGACAAAAUUAA